AUUUAGGCUGCGGGUUUCACGAGAUAUUCGGGUCUUUCUCGGACUCUAACCGACAUAAUAAUUAUGUCGGUUUGAAAGUGGUGCCACGUACCGAUUCGCUAUAUACAAACGAGGAAGUGGUCUACAUUUCUUUUGCCUCACAAUUCACAAUCGAUUCUCUAUUUAGGGUUCCCAAUUCAAGUAAAUUAGGGCUUUUUCCUCUAGUGAAUUAUUAUUACCAGCUGAAACAAUGGAGUUAACAAAGGAAUCGGAAAGUUUGCUCGACAAAAUUCGGCCACCGCUUCUCGAAGAUGCAGGCCUCGAAGAUUGUGCUCUACCACCGGAAUUAAUCAAAGAGGCAUUUUUCAAAGCCGCCACCGCCGUACGAUCUAUGAUUUCUCUAUCAGACGACGAAGACGAAUCAUUCGAAGGCCAGUGUGUUAAAACUCCAUCGCCAAUCGAGGAUUCUACCAAGGAUGCUCUUGUAGGAAUCACGGAGGGUAUUGACAACAUUCCCGGAAGAUGUAUUACGGAGAAGGGCAGCGGCGGUGAAGUGCCGGAAGUAACGAGCGACGUGGUGGCUGGCAAUGAGGAUCCGGAAGAGGGCAGUGACUUGGUGGGUGGAUCAUCUCUUCCGGAAGGAGGUCAAUCUUGUGUGGAUGGACUGCAGGGUUUGGAGAUAGGAGACAAAAGGGGAAAAAUUAAGAAAAAGGAAGAGGAAGAAAGUGAGAAGCCAACUCUAGUUGAAGGUUUUGUAUGAGCAUGUAAUCAUAGUAAGAUAUAAUUCUAAUUUUGCUGCAUAUCUUGUAAAUUUCUUUGAAUAAUUGUAGUACUAGUAUUAGACAUGUACUAAAACAUUUUCUAUUUGAAGUUUAACUGAUGGAAUCAU